AUGCCCCGUUCCAGCAGUCGGGAGCACGCCGGCCGGAGGCGCAGUCUCUUCAGCAUUCCCUCUUUUACUCAGAUCCACCCUACCACCUCCCGCGACUCUCCGGACAAGCUGAACAACGACUCGACCAAAACCCUCAAGAAGCGUCGCGGCCCCACUCUUGUCACCAAUCUCGAAUCUUCACCAGAGCUGGCCCACGAUGAGGAUCCCUCUCCAACUUCGGCAAACACCCUACCUUCGCCCAAGCCAGUCACACGCCCCGGCUUGAGUAUCAGGAGUGGUGGUGGCCGACCCGUAUCCUCUGUCUUUGGUUCCCUUCGAUCCAUGCGCUCAAUGCACGAAGACGACACUCCUUUGACCACCACCUCCAGCCGAACACCAUCCAUCAACUGGGCCGAUUUCGAUGCCAGCCAUUCUCAAAAAAGAUUAGUCCUACACCAUGGCGAAGUCCAGACCAGCAGUAGCAUGUUUCGUAAGAAGAAAGAAUACCUGGUUUUGACCGACACCCAUAUUAUACGCUACAAGAAUCAAUCCAAGGCUGCCGAAACCAUCGCGAGCGUCCCUCCGCCAUUCGGCAGGAGCCCAACAAUCCGCCAUAGUUCGUCCCAUUCAAUAGGCUCUUCUCAAGAUCUACAAUCAUUACAAUCCGAGUCAUCAGGUGACAAGGAAGGUCGGGUGUCUCUCCGCCAUAUCGUUGCUGUUCACAGACUCGAUGAUGGCCGUCCUUACUUUGCCAUUGAGGUUUGCUACCUUGACGAAGACGGCUCUCAGGCUUCAGCCAUGGUCAUGCAGUUCGGAGACCCCGAAGAUCGCGACUUGUGGUUGCGCUCGAUUCGCCAGGCCGCCAACAAGGCUCGCCUUCAGGACCUCAAUCCAAUUUCGGUUGUCAACUCGAAAAAUGCUGCAAGAGCUGUGGAGCGCGAGAAUGAUUACGACCCUGCCAACUAUGCCAUCUACAAGGUUAUACAGCGCCAAUUCACGAAAUCACGAUCCUCGACCGACGACUUGUCCAAAAUUGCAUCGACCGUUUGCUUCUUGGCCAUUGGUAUUCACAAAGUCCAUGUCAUUCCUUUGGUCAAGACCACUAGCCGUGUCUCAUCACCUUCACUAUCAGCCAACAAUGUUCCCACAUCAUACGGCAUCCUCAACAUGACAGCGCUUCGAGUCAGUAAGUCAGACGACCACUUUGAAAUCACCUUCCGGCAACCUCUCAAACGACCAAAGACUUUAUACCUGGCCUCUCUGGCUUCUCACGAUAUCGCCCUUCGCCUGCAUCAUGUCGAGAACGUUCUCCGUCCGGAGUGUGCCUCUCGCAUGUUCAAGUUUAGCGUCCCUCAAGAGAUUGACGAUCAGCUGCCUCCCGUAGUGAACUCAGAUACAGAAGACCACUGUUGCUUCGAGCGCACGCUAACAGCAUAUUGCAUUGCAUACGACGUUAAUCCAUCGAAUAUUCGCUAUACCAUUGACUACGUGUGCGAAGAUGCGCCUCGCUUCCAACUGCUACCUUCAGCAGACGCGCGGCGACAAAACUACAGUGCGCCUGAGCUUUUGGCUGUCAUGCGAGCUCUGCGAUACAACGAAUCAUUCAAUGCGCUUUCUUUUGCUGACGUUCAGCUGGAUGGACUCAACGGACUUCAUGACAACUACGGCUCCGAGCACGUCUGCCUGAAAACAAAACGAGGAACGCCAAUUCGAUUGACUGCAGAAGAGCUAAUCCAGUCCUGCUUGCUGAUCCAGGAAGUUCGUGCCUUGGCCGCGACAAAUAAAAAGCUCCGAAGGAUGGACUUCUCUAGAUGCAUUAUCGCAAAGCCUCCAGACUACACAGAUGAUUCCGAGGCUAAAGUCAAGGACAUUGGAUGUGGCAUUGUCGAAGCCCUUUCUCCGCUCUGCAAGCACCAAACCACAAACGUCGACUGGAUCGCAUUAAAUGGUAUUCACCUCAGUGAGACUGAUCUAGAUUACUUGGUCGGUGCAGCAAGUGACAAGGCAUGCCACUUCCGUGCUAUUGAGUUGAGCAGAUGUUCGUUGACCGACCGCACACUGAGUCUAAUACUGGAUUCUCUUCGCGCACAGGACAACACUCUGGAAGCGUUGGACAUUUCUGGAAAUCAUGCAAGACUUGCGCCAGCUGUUUUUGAUGGACAGAUCAGUGUGUUUGGCUUUAUCCGUAAGCUCAACCUAUCUUUCGCAUCCCGGACGUCAGGAGCUGAACCAUUGUUCAACGCGGAGACUCUCCUGACCUGGCGUUUGGAAGAGCUUAGGUUGACUGGCACAACACUCAACGAGAAUACAAUCCAAGCGCUUGCAACGUAUCUCAAGCAUCCGCAGUCAGACACGCUCCACGAGCUGUACUUAGACUCUGCGUAUUUGUCCGGCAGUGACAUUGCGACCAUCAUGCGCGCUACUAAAAGGGGGUCGAUCGAGCCGCGUGGGCUCCAUCUUGACAUCAGCCACAACAACAUUACUAAAGACCACGACCAGCUAUGCAAAGCAAUUUCGGAUGGUUCAACGCCUACGCAUAUCUCUCUUCGCGCCAUCGAGUACCGCGAAGAGUCAAUGUUCCGGCAUCUGAUCAACGCGUUGAGAAAGAACCAAAGUAUCCAGUUUCUUGAUAUCUCAAGAAUGACGUUACCCAGCGAUGCGAACGAGGACACCAGCCGUGCACUGGAGUUACUAUUUGCAGAGAACUUCACCUUACAAGAACUGGACAUCUCAGGAGAGGACUCGCGUCUGGAAACUUCACGAUUUGGUGUUGGUCUCAACCAGGCACUGAAUGGCCUUCGUCACAACACGGGCUUGCAUAUCCUUCGGGUUGAAUACCAGAGACUCGGUCUGCCUGGUGCUAGUAUGCUGGCUGAAGUUUUGAAGGUCAAUAAGACGCUACGAGAGUUGUACUGCGAGUUCAACGACAUACCUCUCUCAGCCUUUACCGACAUGAUCAACUCGCUAGGCAAGAACACAUCACUCGUCUACCUGCCGUAUAUGGAAGAAAGUCGACUAGCAGCUCUGAAACAGACAGAGACGCAAGUCAAACAGAUACGGGACGAAGUGCCAGCUGCAACCUCACCCCUGAAGCCUUCAAUAUCUACUCCUCUUACCAAACCACCGCCUUCUUCAUCUUCAUCGAUCAACAAUAUUGCCAGUUUACCCAUCGCUGCACCUUCUGUUUCGCUCACCGAUCAAGACAUCCAAGCCGCCUUACGCUUAGUGACCGAAUCCUGGGACCGCCAACAAUACCGCCUCCAACAAUAUCUGGAACGAAACUGCUGUAUCAUGCACGGUGUACCCACAUCAAUGGAAAUUGAAGAGGAAGCCUUCGAACGCACGACCAGCGUUGGCACCCUAUCCCAACUCAUCGAAAAAGUCAGACUGGACUCCACACCUACUGUCGAGAAAGAGAUUGAUUUCGGCGAAGGCGGAUACGCACUUCCAGAGCUAAGUGUUGUAGACAACGAAAGCGAUAUGCAAGCUCAGGAGGGACUCAGACUUUCCUUGCCGCCACGAUUGCAGUUGCGACAUGAUGUUGAAGAGGAUGAACAGCCUUCUGUUAGUUUCAAGCAGUUUUUGCUGGGUCGCCACGACAUGAGUAGUCCUGAGGAUAUGGUUGAUGGAGUCAGUUCUUCGGGCGCUGCUACUGAGGGCGAGGAUAGCGAGUUGCCUAGUCCUGAGCUUGAGAUGGGUGCGCCUGCUCCUAAAGGGUUGGCUGGUUUGGGGAUCAAUCAGGGAGAUCUGAAGACGCCUACUCAAAAGAGUUUCUUUGGUUGA